AGGCAGUUCCACGUUAUUGUCAACAAUAAUAAACUGGUGUAAAAGCCGGCAUUACUUUUUGCACGUAAAUACUGUGAUAAUAUUUAGUGAUUGAAUAUUUGAAUUGUGUGCAUUUUCUGGAAUAUGCCUCACCGGAAACACCAAAAGGUGCAUUUGCACAACGUUGUUAAAAAGGAUGUGGAAAAUAACAAUGUACAAGCCGCUGCAGAAACAAGGGCGCCUGUUGUUGAAGAAAAUGACAACAGAGCUGGUCCCAAACUUGUCAAAUGUUGUGUGCCUCUAACCUGCACUUCAUCCGAGGAUUUAAUUAAUCCUAAAGAGCCUGAAAAAUCUGUGAAAGUGUUCUGCAACAAUGAAGCAUGCAACUUCAGUAAGUGGAUGCACAAGGAUUGUUUUGAGGAAUGGGAGGAAACCGUGCUGUCCUAUCUACGCUCGUGUGGACGUGCUAGAAGCUGGAGCGAAAAACAACGCUUGCAAAAUUUGUGGACAAAGAAAGGCUACGAUCUAGCUUUCAAGGCUUGUGAUUGCAAAUGUGGGAGAGGACACAUACGAAAGGAUCUGGAUUAUUUCCCAACACCACAAGUUGCUGUUGUCGACAACAAAAACAAAAAGAAACCGAAGAAGAAGAAUGAUAAACCAGCUCCUGUGGUGAGUAACGGGAAAGGGGGACACGCUACUACCUCCAUACCCCAUAACAACAACAACCAAAUUCACAGUGCACCUAUCAACACAACAAAUGUAAACAACAACAACAACAACACGUCUAACAACAAUCAUCAUGUGAGCAACACGAACCAUAUCUUUUCUACACAGCGCUCGCGCACUGACAGCGUCAGUAGCAGUGGAAGCCUACCGCGUUCUUCUGGUUCUAUUGGAUCGUCGUCAUCCCCGACACCAUCGUCUCCUAUUGUUAACGGUAACAUGAACCCACCGGCUUUCCCAAAAAGCCCCAAAACCGUAGAUGUCCACUCGUUUAACGCAAACACUUCCUUUCGACGUCGCCAAGAUCUGUCUGCCUUCACCUUUCUACCACGGCAUAAACAGAAUCCAUACCAUAUCAAGAUGGACGACGAUGGUACGGAUGAUACCAGGAACUUUAUACUUUCUCACUUGACAUCUUACAAGAUUUGCUCGCUGAGCUGUGUUAUAUGUAAGAGCGGAUUACCAGUUUUUGAUAGGUACCCUAUGAUCGACGGAACAUUCUUCUUGUCACCUCAGGCGUAUGGCGAUGGAGUAGUACAAGUCAUCUCCGACGGCCGUCUACAGUUUAUCAACGCCGUCUGCGUACAGUGCCUUGAAAAAGGAACCGAUAUGCGGUGUGCAUCAUGCAAAUGUCCAUGGGACGGGAGCGCACUACAACUUGGAACUAUGUACACUUACGAUAUAUUCGCUGCUACGCCAUGCUGUCAGAAGCGGCUAACAUGCAAGCAAUGUCGUCGAGCAGUUGUAGACGUCAACACCGGUCUGACAUUUUACAGUCAAUAUAGUCGGAUGAUAGCGUGUCCUUACUGCAAGGCGUACGACUUUCAUUUUAUACGACCGCUGAAUGAAACAUUCAAUGUUAGAGCAAAACAGAGUAUAUGGAACUAAACUGCUUAGAACUUUUAUUCUGUUAACAAUACUCCGCGCAUAUAUAUAAAUAUAUUUGCCUUUUACUUGUUUUAUAUAUAACUUUAGCAAUUUACCGUUUUACUUGAACUUUUUACACUGUUGUGUCAUAAUGUGUUUCGCAGAUGGAUCGACAAGUCUCGUUGAUUGAAUGGAUUGUUUCUUGUAUAUCUGGAAGAACCAGUUAAUGGACCAUGUUGACUAUGUUACGCUUCAUUGUGGAUUUUUGGUGCAGACAUUUUUUUACCAGAGACGUUAUCAUAUACGACAUUGUGGUAUUUUUUGUGUAAACUUUAUUAGAGAUUUAAUCUCGUUUCCUCGCAGAGUUUGUAUUCAUCAUUUGUUAGUGAACUAUUCUUAGUUUUAAGAAGCAGAACAAAUAAAAUUCCGAUUUGGUCUAUAAACUUACAGGAAAUAUUUCAAAUACCAAGACGUUUAGUUUGAGUGACAAUUUCAAUUUAAAAACAAAACAUUUUGCGUGACACCGGAUUAUUUUAAUGAAUUCAAGACAUUCAAUAUGCAAGGACAUGUUACGUGUAGACUGUGCUUAGGAAGUUUUCUGCUUCAUUUAAGACUAAAGAAAUGGCAUUUUCUUACAUAUGUUUAUUUUUGGAAUAAAUAUUUAAUUAUUUAUUGGAA